CCUGCCUGGGGAAUGUACAGCCCUGCCAUAAAGGACCCAGUGUCCAGAGCUAACAUCAGUCAGAAAGCAAGAUGGGCAUGACUUGGGCAGCCCAGAUGGGGCGAGGGAAGGGUUGCCCACUCACGCUGAUGGUGUUCUUGGUGGUUGCCCUCCUCCUGCCAGGAACUCUGGCUAAGAGCAUUCGGGCCUUCUCUGAUCCCUGUAAGGACCCCACCAGAAUCAUUUCUCCCAAUGACCCCUGUAUCACAGGGAGUAGAGGCUUCAGUGGCUCCAGUGGUUCCAGCCGUUUUGGUGGCUCCAGUGGUUCCAGUAGUUUUGGUGGCUCCAGUGGUUCCAGCAGCCCCAGUGGUUCCAGUGGCUUUGGUGGUUCUAGUGGUUCCAGUGGGAGUUUCGGUGGGAGUUCCAGUGGCUCCAGUAGCUUUGGUGGUUCUAGUGGUUCCGGUGGAAGUUCCAGUGGCUCCAGUGGCUUUGGUGGUUCUAGUGCUUCCGGUGGGAGUUCCAGUGGCUCCAGUGGCUUUGGUGGUUCUAGUGGUUCCGGUGGGAGUUCCAGUGGUUUCAGUACUUUCCACAGUUCCAGCAGUGGUUCUAACAGUGCCAGUGUUGAUUCCAGCAGCCCCAGUGGUUCCAGUGGGAGUUCCAGUGGCUCCAGUGGCUCCAGUGGUUCCAGUGGGAGUUCCAGUGGCUUCAGUACUUUCCACAGUUCCAGCAGUGGUUCUAACAGUGCCAGUGUUGGUUCCAGCAGCCCCAGUGGUUCCGUGGGAUCAGGGUCCUUGCAGUAUAGUUCCUUUCAGUCUAGUUCUAACCCUAUGGUAUCAUCUAGCUGGUCAUCCCAAUCUGGAUCUGGCUCCUCUAAAUCUGGCUCUGUCAUUUCUCAGUCUUCUUGGAUGUCCUCUAGCGGCACUGGUGGCAGCCCUGUUUCUGUCUCUGGUCUGGCACCCUGUGGUCCAGACAAUCCUUAUUCACACUGUAGUGGAGGCCCUCCUCCAUCCUCCAGCUCCCAGUCUAUAUCAGGGGGCCAUAAGCCUGUGGUAGUGGUGGUGGAACAGCAUGGUUCUGGGGGCAACCAGAUUGUAGGGGGAUCUCUGUGCAGCAAUGGAGGGCCUCCUGGCAAACCUUGUCCUCCCAUCACCUCAUCCAAUUCCUAUGGUAGCUAUGAAGUGGUAGGUGGGUCCGCUAACAGUUAUUUGAUCCCAGGUAUGACCUAUAAUAAGGGUAAAAUUUACCCUGUUGGCUACUUCUCCAAGGAGAACCCCCCCAAGGGUUCUGUAGGUGUCCCCAACUUUGCUGCUGGGCCUCCCAUCUCUGAGGGGAAAUACUUCUCCAGCAACCCCUUUAUCUCCAGCCAUAGUUCUCACCAGUCAGGAAACUCUUCUCCGCUAAUUAUUUACCGGCCAGUGGGUACUGGUGGUGUCCAGACUGGGAGCUCUGGUAACUCUGUGCUUCAGCCUUGUGGGCCUGGUUCCAAAAUUUCGAUAGGGCCCUGUUCUUCCUCCUCUUCUUCCUCAAGCUCUGUGGUUCACAGUAGCUCUAGCAUGUCCAGCAGUUCCAUUUCUUCCCACCCUUGUGGGAGUGGUUACCAAGGCUCCAAAGGGCCUUGCUCCUCUUCUGGCUCCAGUUCCCUCAGUAGCUCCAAUGUGAUUUUCCAGCCUUGUGGGAGUGACUCUACCUCUUCUGGCAAAUCUUGUGGGUCUCUGGACUCUUCUUCCUUUGGAUCCAAAGUGAGUCAGAGUUUUGAGGGCUCUCCUCAAGUAGAUCCUUCAGCAGGGGCCAAGCCCUGUGGUUCUAGCAACUCUGGCAGCAUUCCCUGCCGUUCCAUUCGUGAUCUCCUGGCCCAAGUGAAGCCAUUGGGUCCACAGUUGGCUGACCCUGAGGUUUUCUUGCCCCAAGGAGGGCCCCUUGAGAGUUCCUGAGUGCAUAUACAAGCACACACACACACACACACUCACACACACUCUCUCUCUCUCUCUCUUCCAUCACCUUGGGAGUAUAAAGAUCCCAACAUGAUACUGGCUCUACUUUCUAUGCCAAUAUGGAAAAAAAUUUCUGCAUCACCUUGGUGAUGCCCCUUGCUGCCCCCAACCCCACUCCCUUCAUUUGUCAUAGUCAGUGAAUUUCACCCUCCAAUACUCUUCCAACCAAAAGGGUCUGUUAGAAAAGUAAUUAAGCUUCUAUUUAGACAAUUAUUCAUCUAUUCCCUCCCUCCUGUCAAAGAUACAGUUUAUUCCUCCAAAGUGGUGGCAUCUAUGAUCUUGGCUAUAAGUCAAGCAUCCCUUCUAUCAAUCUCUCUUUCUACUCCCACUUUCCAAACUCUUUUCAAGUCCAGUUGGGUCAAGUUCAGUUUGUUACUUGUAUAUCUCAUUCUACUGCUUUGGUUCUUAAAGUAGUAGAAUUAUUUUCUCACCUUGACGGUGAACUAAAUAGUCCUUCAUGUACCUGGGAUAGAUGCUGGAGACCAAAUGCAUCAACUAUAUCUAUUCCUAUCCCUUGUUUUCCAGCCAACUCACUACCUAACAACUCUUUCCUCAGACUUCAGAACUGUUCUGGAGAGGAGCGAGUAUCCUUAGAGAAUGGAGACAGUUCCCCACUGUCUCUGGAGCCUGGAGCUGAUGAAAGAUCAAUAAAACAUAUACCAAAUUCCUA